UGGAAGGAGAACGGGAGAAGACACGAGUUGAAACUUUGUCUGAAACAUCAGGGACGAAGUGAAACUCCGAACUUGUCUCGGUUUGUUACAUUGAGUCCGUUCAUUGUGUCAAAGUGUCGCCACAUCAGGUUCAACAUCUGUCCACGUGCACACGACGUGCGCAUGGACACGCGCGACGUGCACACACUCACAAGUGCCGCACGGUGCAGAGAGGGAGGAAGAAGCCCAGAGACAGAACCGAGCCCGAAUCUAGACGUUUCACUUCAGCUGCUCGGGGAACGAGAGGAGGAGGAGAAGGAGGAGGAGGAGGAAGGAGGGAGGAGGAAGGAGGGAAAGAAGGAAAAGUGUCAAACUUACAUAACGACGCACGCGUGCUGCUCAUCCACGGCUGCAGGAAGAGAAGAGAGAGGAAACAGCCGCGAACUGCGCAUGCGCGCUGACCAACCCGGAAGAGAAGCGGCGCGGCUCGUGACCGUUUGUUGUUUCCAGUGAAUCUGGAAACAAACCUCGGAUGAGAAGAUGCAGCUUCACUUCACCAGAGAUGUUCUACCAGAAGCUGCGAGCAGCGACUUCCACAACCUGAACAAGCUCAACGAGCAGCAGUUUCACCGUCUGAUUGAAAUUCUGUUCCAGUUCCUGCUGGAGCCUAAAGAGACGGAGAGGUUCAUGCAGCAGCUCACGGAGUUUGCAGGGGAACAGGGGAUGAGCGCUGGUCCUCUGAGGAACCUGAUGAAGAGCGUCCUCCUGGUGCCGCAGGGAGCCCUGAAGAAGAACCUGGCAGCCGAGCUGAUCGGAGAAGACCUGGUGACGUUAGGACUGAGCGAGGACAAGGCGGCUCACUUCUCACAGCAGUGGGCGGAGCACUACGCGGCGCUGUCCCGACAGGCGGUCAGUCAGGCGCUGAUGGUCAACCAGCUGGUCGACAUGGAGUGGAAGUUUGGAGUGACUGUUGGCACCAGUGAGACACAGAAAGUGGGCAACAUCUAUCUGCAGUUGAAGCUCGUGGUCAGAAAGGGGAAUUCCACUGAAAACGUCUACAUGGAGCUGACACUCCCUCAGUUUUACAACUUCCUCCACGAGAUGGAGCGAGCCAAGGCCAGCAUGGAGUGUUUCAGCUGAGUGGGUGCGUGCUCUUGUACAGAUGUCUUUGUGAGGACCAGUUUGAGUCUACAACCUACGGCCGGUCCUCACUUUGUGACCCUCCUCUUAUAGACCGCUGUGGGGUUGGAAUUAGGUGGAAAUGGUUUAAAUUGAUAUGCUUUUCUAGUCCUGAUGACCACUCAAAGCGCUUUACAGUACAGUUUGCCAUUCAGCCACACACCCAUUCGUACAGUGCAUCUAUUAGCAGAACGUUUUGGGUUCUAUGAGGGGCAAUUCGGGGUCCAGCAUAUUGCCCAAGGACACGUCAGCAUGCAGAUGGGCUACUGGGGAUCGAACCGACCUUCUGGUUGGAGGACGAACGCUCUACCACUCAGCCACAGCCGCCCCCGUUUAGGUUCGGUUAAGGGUUAGAAUCAGGGUUAGGGUUAGGGAAUGCAUUAUGCCAAUGAGUGUCCUCACUAAGACAGCUGUACAAACGUGUGUGUGUGUGUGUGUGUGUGUGUGUGUGUGUGUGUGUGUGUGUGUGUGUGUGUGUGUGUGUGUGUGUAACACUGCCAGCCUGCCAGUGACUGAAACUAAACACAAAUAGUAAAUUUUCAUAUUCUUUAAUAAUCUCAAAAUAAACAUGAAUAAGAAAGAAA